AUGGCCGUGGAGGAGACGAACGCGAUGACUACUCGACUGUUAACUUUGCUGAACAUCUCAGCCACCAAGGCCGGCAGCCGAAAGCGUACUUUCGAAGAGGAGGAAAACAGGCCUGUUCAGAGACUGAACAAGCGUCGUAUGGUUCAAUUCCAUGAUGAUGACUUCGUGAUAAACAAGCGUCGAUCAGAAGAAAGCGUGGCAAGCAAAGGCCCAAACGGAAACGGAGAACAGGAGAUGAUGCGUUUGGAGGACAAGGAGAAACAGGAAGAAGACACACUAGAUAAUUCGCAGGAUCCGUAUGAGGAACAUUUUGGGUCGAAGUCCUCUCUAGUGACUAACGUUGCACGAGAGGCAGCGGAUCGCGGAGCUUGGAUGAAUGCAAGGGAGAAGUACGGCCGCUUGGAGAGUGUCAUAGUAUCAAUACCGGAAGGAUGCAAUGUGUCCGCAGCAAGUCGAGAUACCCAGAAAAUCGCUGUCCUGGACAAACUGAGAGAACCAUUUACCGCCCGCCAGAUUAAACUACCCCACGAUAUUGUCGAGCUUCAGGAUGAUUUACUGGCGAUGCUCUCAUCCCAACGUGACCUAUACAUCACACGAGCUGCAUUAGAUACUCAUCAGAGCAUGAGAGAAGUUGUAGCCUUGCAUGCUCUCAAUCACAUCACCAAAAAACGACGACGUGUACUCAAGAACAACGAGCGUCUCACCCAUGCCUUAAAGUCUGGUGCACCCUCACCUGAGGAUGUUCAGGAUCAAGGGUUCACACGGCCGUCCGUGCUCAUCCUUCUUCCAUUCCGUUCCUUCGCUAUGAAGUGGAUCAUGGCUCUGACAACGCAUACGCCAUCGCCUUCGUAUCAAGUAGAGAACCGUUCACGCUUUAACGCAGAGUACGGUUUGCCUCCAGGUGCAGUGGACAAGCUUGCAAGCUCCGAACCCGGGACAUAUCCUCGGGACCACGUGGAGAUGUUCAAGGGGAACGUGGACGAUGCGUUCCGGGUCGGCAUAAAGAUGACGAGGAAAAGUGUGAAGUUGUUCGCAGAUUUCUAUGGUUGUGAUCUCAUCAUAGCUAGUCCCCUCGGAUUGAGGAUGUCAAUAGAGAAGGAAAAGAGUGCUGAUUUCCUUUCAUCCGUCGAGGUUCUCAUUGCGGACCAGAUGGAUGCUUUGACGAUGCAAAACUGGGAGCAUGUCCAGUUUAUUUUCUCCCAUUUGAAUCAACUUCCCAAAGAGUCGCACGACGUUGAUUUCUCGCGCAUCAAGCCAUGGUAUCUCGAUGGACAUGCUGCCUAUCUUCGCCAAUCCAUCCUCUUCACAGCCUAUGAGACACCAGAAACAAGAGCACUUUUCACAGGAUCUUUAAAGAACGUUGCCGGAAAAGUCAGGACGGAGAGACGUUGGCCGCCGGUGGAGGUGCCUGAAGGGAUUGACCAAAAUUUUGUUCACUUCGAUUGCAGCAGUCCUAAGGAUGAAGUGGACAAGCGCUUCCAACAUUUCACUACUCACCUGCUACCGACGGUGCUCAAGUCCGCUGUGCAGAGCUCCAACACUGUGGUAUUCAUCCCUUCGUCCUUUGACUUUAUCCGUGUGCAGAAUCACUUUCGGAAGAACCUCAGCGUUACAUUCGUUGUUCUAUCAGAAUAUUCGUCUAACCAGGAUAUCUCUCGCGCCCGUGAGGCAUUCUUUUCCGGCAAGAAAGCCUUCCUGCUCAUCAGUGAGCGAUUUCACUUUUUCCGAAGAUAUAAACUCCGCGGUAUCAGAAAUAUCAUUUUCUAUGGUCCCCCGGAUCAUCCGCAAUUCUACACGGAGUUCCUUUCAUACCCAUUCCUCGACGAUGGAAUAGACGUCUCGGAUGUGACCUGCCGCGUAUUGUACUCGAGGUAUGACUGGAUGAGAUUAGAGAGAAUCGCAGGCACGGAAGGCGCGACCCAGCUAAUCAGGCGAAACGCACUUUGA